CUGUGAACAGUUCAGCACCCGGGAUGACGACAAGUUCUUCUGAAUCAAAAACUAUGGUUCUCAUUCAAGAAAUGUUAGGAUGUCCUCACGAGGUGGGGGAUGAGGUCCCUCUACAGGUGGACAUCAAGUAUCUUGGAAUCUUGUUCACGGGCCGGGCAAGGAUGGUGCUUCAGGUAGGACCCGGGGCCAUGAUGGAGGGUCUGAAGGCCAGGUUAGAUUUCCCCAGCCCUGUGGUACAAGCACAGACUGUCAGAACUCUUGUUGCGGCUGUGCUGAAGGAGAAGGGCCAGAAUGGGCAAAUCACUCAGUCGUCCACUCAUGGUCCAGCCUUGGAGACUCUGUGGCAGCUGUGCUGCAGCGACUGUGCUCUGGUGCGUUCUUGCUGCUGUGAUGCUGUGGUGCUGCUGGUGGAUCAGGGUCAUGCCAACCUUCAAUACGUCCUUAGCAGUGUGCUCAACCUCUUGCCCUCCUCCAGAAACUGCCAGGGCUUGAUGAAAAUCCUGGCUCGGCUGCUCCAGAUGCAGGCGGACCAAAGGAAUCCACAGGAGCCCUUCACUUGUCAGUACUCCAUCAGAACAAACCCCCACCCCUUCAUCACAGCUGUAGAGAACAGGCCGGACUGCUGGCCCACCCUGCUGGCAGAGAUAGUUGACUUUGUCCAACUUGCGCUUGACAGAGAUGUUCCUGCCUACAUCACCAUGCUGCGGCCUUUCCUGCGCUACUUAUACUGCGAACCGCAGAGACAAUCCCAGAAUGCCAUGCUCCGUCAGAGCCUGCUGAGGGCGAUUCUGCCUCCACUACCCGCAUCAGUCCUUCAGGCGGAGGACAAAGCGGGCCAUCACACAUUGUCAGCGUCUGACAGUCUGCUCCGUUGCCUAUGUGAGCUGGUGCCAAACAUGCAGGUGGACAGUGUGGAAGCAGUACUGGAGCUGUGUGGGUUCAUCGACGCUUUGGUUCCUCAUUUAGUCGGAGCGUCUGAUGAGCAGUGGCGCUCAGAGCGAGUCAGGCUUGUGCUGUAUUUACUUUGUGCAUCUGAGCGCUGCCUCAAGUUAAACGGUGACUGUCGGCCACUCGUCAGCUUCAUGCUGCGGCUACUUCCUGCGUGUCAACAGGAGCUGCCGGUCAAUGAGCUCAUUUUGGGGGUUGCUCUGCUGCUGCUUGAUGCUCCGGCCAUACAGCAAACUUGUCUGUUGAAUCUUGCUUUGAUACUAGUGCCAGAGCAGGCGGAGCGGUCUCCAUGGUUGAGUCCGGUUCUGGUACUGCCUGUUCUGCAGCUGCAGACCUGCUGUGGUGUCACUGAGCCACUGACAGACGGGCGGACUAACGGUCUCAAUCAGAAACUGGCUCAGAGUCUGCUGCAGAACAUCAGCAGGCAGAGAGAUGAACCCACGCAGUCGUAUCCCGCUCAUCCUCUCUCUGCCAGCGCGUGGUACAGUGAGCUGACCGUUGCUCUGUCUGUUCUGCACAAAGUGGUGACUGCACCAGCUGCAGCUGCUGAUUGGCUGAUGACUGUUACUUGUGCCCUGAAGUCCAGCCUUCGUCUGUCAGCGACGCUCUCGCUGGUCAUCUCUCACCUUAUUAUCACAGGCCAGGAAGACACCUGUCGACUGUCCUUAUCCGCCAUCCAAGCCCUCGCUGCAUCUGACCCUAGCCAGGUUCCCUCCAUCCUUCCAGUUCUGCUCUUUAAGCUCAGGAGAGAACAGAAUCCACAUCUGGCUCAUGCUGUCCUCAACUGUCUGCCAAACUUGGGAACUCAUCAGCUGUGUGUUCCCAUGGUGCUGCAAACGCUCAACUUGUUGGCUUGCAACCCCAAACUGAAGGCAGUGGUUAUGCGCCUCAUCACCGCUCUCUGGAGGAAGCAGGACCGAGUGUACCCGGAGCUGCAGCGACUUUUGGGUCAGCCAGAUAACAGGACGGUGGUGGGGAAGGAAGACCUGUGGGAGCAGGCCCUGGCCCGGGCAGCCUGUGUCAGAGACAUCUGCAGAGAGAGGCCUUACCAGCAUGGUGGUGACAUGUUGGCCGCCAUCAAACUCACCCUGAGCCAGAAUACCAGACCAGACUUGGCCACGCCGGCUUUCCUUGCAUUGCAAGGCUUACAAGAACUGUGCCGUGCAGAGGUGGUGGACAUUGUGUCGACCUGGAGAAGUCUGGGACCUGAGUUGAGCUGCGACUCUCGCCCCCUCAUGAUCAAAGCUGUCUCCGAACUUCUGGCUCUGGUGCCUGAACUGCAGGUCAAGUCAGAGGACUACGAGAAACUGAAAGAGGAGGUUGUCUGCUUCCUGUGGAACUUUGCCCUGAGCCAGGAUCCACAUGUGGCCAGCUGCGGCUUCAGGGCUCUGGCCGAGUUCCCAGAAGAUGCUCACACUUUAAAUGUUCUUCCUGAAGUGGCACGGCCGGUUAUAAAGCUUCCAGAGCAGAAAGAGGAAGUGGAAAAAAGAGAAGAGGAGAAGGAUCUUUCCGUCCCAGGAUCAUGUUAUGUGAAGAUGCUUACACUCACGCCAACAAAAGUCCUACCAGCCUUUGAGCUUUUCCUGACUUCGCUGGUAAAGCAGGAGAUGAACCAGAUGCCACGAGGAGUGUAUUUCUCUGCCCUGAGAGGGGGAGGCAUGCGUUCAGACCAGGGCAAGACUGUGGCAGGGAUCCCAUCCUUUAUGCUGAAAUCUUAUGAGAAGAACAAACAGCCAGGCCUGAAGCCAGGACUGGCAGCGGGUCUGCUGCUCAGCUAUGAGCUGCCUGAGCAGAUGGACCGCGAGGGUCGCCCCAUUGACCGGUUCCUCGUCAGCCGCAGUCGGAGUUACCAGCAGACCUUGACGGCCCUCAUCCAUGAGGUGAACAUUCAGCCUUCUGAGUGGCAUCGUGCUCUCCUGUUACCGCAGGCCUGGCGAGGCUUCAUGAGCAGAGCUUUCCACGCUGUGAUCCAGGGUCGACGUGCAGAUUUGGAAAUACAGCGAAAGCAGGGCAAAGAGGAUCCACAAGAACUGCAGUACAAACAGCACUGCGCCUGGCUGUGGACCAGAGAUCAUUUGGUUGAUGUGAUCAAAGCUGCUACAAAGGACAGUCCGGUUGUCCAGGGAAACUCUAUUCUGGCUCUCAGUGGAUUAGCUGCUGCCCUCGCCAAGUAUGAGAGCAACCUGCCUGCUGACAGUGAUGGCAGUCUUGGGGCGGGACCAGAAUUUGUGCCUACGUCCAGCUGGUUGGCAAUGAUGCUGGAGACGGUGCUGAGCAUCAUCAGCAGCAGCUACCAGGCUAGAGGUCAAAUCUUUCCCUGGUUCUCUCACCGCUCGUACUCUGGAGAGAACACCGCCAGUGCCAUUGCUCGCUCCUGUGCCAGCCUGAGUCUCUCCCUGCUGGUCCCGGUGUUGGUGGUGUGGCAGCAGGAUGGACUGGCUCAGGUCGUGGCUGCGCUGCAGGCCGGCCUGCCGAACUCACCGACAGCCAAUGACUCCCAGGCGAUCCAGUUUCACUCGGGUCUGGCUCUUGGUUUGGUGUUGGCUAGUCUGCACCACCAGCGCCUCAGUGACGUCUCCACUCAGAAGCACACAGACUUGCUGGCCACAGCUCUUGAUGCUCUGGAGUCUUGCUCUUUUGAUCCUAAUUUGGAGUACAACACUGGCUGCAUGUUGGGCCUGGGUCUGGUUCUGUCUGCCCUCUGCAGCAGUGGUCAAGCACGACAGCACGUUUACAUCAGACAAACUCUGGACAGAUUUCUGAGCAGCCUGCAGGAGAGUGGCAGUCAUGGCCGGAUGUUGCAGGAGGUUCUUGCCUACUCCACGGCAUGUGUGGGUGUCUCUGCAUUUAGCGGAGGAAUCAUCGAUGCAGCAAAGGCCGAGGAGGUCAUGACCUCCCUGCAGUGUUUGACGGAAGAGAGCCAGCAGACGCCAGGCUUCUCUCUAGCUUUUGGGUCGGUGGUUCACGGCUUGUCAAUGUUCGGCCAUGGUAAAGCAGAGGACGUCCACCCACGACUGCUGGCUGCGUGGGUCAAGAUAUUGUUGGCUGAGGGCUGUCCGACGAUGCAGCGCCUGGCUGCUGUGAAUGGUCUCGUGGCGCUGGUGGGCUCAGAGAGUUACCUGAUCCAGUUGAAAAGUGAGCAGGAACUUUCCUCGCAGCAUCAGAGCCGACUGAACGAGGUCAUCCGUGCCAUCUCACAGAUUGUUACGUUCUCCGGAGCCAUCGGCCUUCAGUCCAACUGCUCCUGCUUGUUGGGUCAUUUGCAUCUGGCUCACAUGAUCACCAGCCACAGUCACACUGCGGUGCCUCAAAGUUUUAGUUACCUGCCAGAGAAGAGUGUCAUCAGAUCUGUGGUGGACUUCAUCACAGAAGCAGGAAAGAAAGGUCCAGACACGAUGCCCGCGGCUGUGGUGAAAACUGCGCUGACUCCUCUGGCAAGCGUGGGUGCAAGUUUCCAGUUUCCCCCAGUCAACUGGAGCGCAGUGCUGUCCCCACUGAUGAGGCUCGGUUUUGGUGAGGAAGUUCAGCAUCAGUGCUUGGUUCUGGCAGCAUCUCAAGCUCAGUCGUCCCAGAACGCCUCUCUCUUCCUGGGCUCCUGGUUGUCACCGCCCCUCGUGCACAGUCUCAGCGGUCAGACUCGGGCCCACCUCUAUGAGAACCUCUCGUUGUGGAUGAGGCACGUUGCAGAUGAGAAACUCCACACCUUCGUGGAAAUUCUGGGACUGCAGUUGUUCCAGCAUGACCUCCGACCUCAGCGCCUGGCCCUGUGUCUCUCGUUGUUACGAGGUCUGGCACAGGCCAUGGCGCUCCCCAAUCCCAGCAAGACCUGCUGGAGUGUGCUGAGCUCCACCACAGAGAAAAUCUUCUGUGUGCUGCCAAACCAAAUACAGGACACUGAGGUGGAUUUGUAUGUGGGAGUCACCAAAUGCCUGUCAGAGAUGUCCGACACAGAAAUAGACCGGAUCGCUGGAGUCACCGAGACUCAGGUGGAGAAAAGCUGCUUCACUCUGGCGUACCUGGUUUCUCAGGGCAGAGUUCCCCUGCUGGGUCUUAAUGAUGUCAUCGCUGGGAUGCUGCGUGGUUGGCACAGCCAGCGAGUUGGCUGGCUGCUGCUGCAGACGUUCUACCAAUGUCGCCUUGCUGCGAGUGCGCACACUGGUGUUUCCAAACGAAUGGAGUGGCUGCUGGAGUUGAUGGGACUCAUCCGAAAUGUUGCUUAUGGCACCACCUCCAUCGCCAGUGGAGACAAAAGACUGGCGACUCACUUCCUGCUCCAGGUGUUUGCCGCUGCUGUCGUGUCCUGGGGUGACCACUUCAUGCCCGUCCUUCUGGGCAUCAGGGCUCUGUGGUUCCCGUGGCAACCUGCUCCCAAACCUCCACUUAUCCUUCACAGCCUCUACGGAGAUGACACACAAACAGAUGAUGCUUUGCCGCAGUGCCUGCUGGGAAUGCCCCACAGCCUGCCUCUGCUUCUGGAGAAGGAGCCAUGGAGUUCACAGUCCCACAAGUUCAUAGAUUGGCUUCUAAACAUCUCAGAAGCUCCAGAGGAGAAUCUGUCGACCACAACGUUGCAGGCAUUAAAAGCGACCUUGUCCACACUGAGGUCGUCCUCCGAGUUCAAGAAGAAAACCAUCUGGACCAGAGCGUACGGCUGGUAGAGUGGCGGCUGUUAGCAUGCAGGUCAAACACAUCUUACUCAGAGCAACACAUGUCAUGUUCUCAUUAAAGUACCUGGAACAUCGGCUAUUUCUUCUUCUUCUUGUUCGGUCGGUCUAGCUGCUGUUGUCUCUCCUGCAGCAGCUGCCUCACUGUCACACUGACCCCUGGCAACAACACAGAGCUGCUACUACUCAUGAGAGCAAAACAACAUUGUGGACAAAGAAGCACUGCUGUUUAUUGUGAAGUGUGUUGUUCUAAUAGCAAGACUGUAUCAAGGUAUGGCAUGUCAUUUUAUGUUACAAUUGGAAACUUCCUUUUAUAUGUUCAGUAUUUCCUGUCAGGAGUUGCCACCACAAGUCAAGCACUUCCUCCUUAAUCCAUCUUGAACCUCAUUGGUUGUUUUCCUCUUUGCUGCUCCACAAGUCCAAACCCUCUGAGUCCAGCCUCCCUAACUUCAGUCAGCACCUGUUUUUUCCU